UCUUUUAGGAAAGUUGGGGUUUCACUUACCUGCUCCGCUUCUAUCCUAUGAUGAGCUAUUCACCUACACCCGCUUUUGGUGUGUUUCUGUAAUACACUUAUUAUUAUAUUAUUUUUUACUUUAUUUUUUUUGUUCCUUCUUCGUCUUUCGAUUCUCAAACCCUAAUCCCAAAAAUCUCAGAUUACAUUCCAGUUUUGCUCCAGUUUAAUGCGUGGAUCGUAUUCUUCAUUCUCUUCUUCUUUUUAUAGUAUUUAACUCGGGAAAUUCAAUCUUCGAGGUCGGCGAUGAACGCCUUGAAGGAAGAUUUUUUGGAGAUACAGAUCGGCACCUCAGCCGACUCGUUAGCGAAGUCAUUGGACUCGCAGAGAGAGCUAUUCCAUAGCCAGGUCGAUCAGCUUCAAAGAAUCGUUGUCACUCAAUGCAAACUCACCGGCGCAAAUCCACUAUCCCAAGAAAUGGCAGCUGGUGCACUUUCAAUACAAAUUGGAAAAAGGCCUAGAGAUUUACUAAAUCCCAAGGCUGUUAAGUAUAUGCAGUCUGUUUUUUCUGUUAAAGAUGCAGUUAGUAAGAAAGAAUGUCGUGAGAUCUGUGCUCUAUAUGGUGUCACUGUCACUCAGGUUCGUGAAUUUUUUGCCAGUCAGCGUUCAAGAGUCAGAAGAUUAGUUCGGUUGUCGAGGGAGAAAGCCACUAAAUCUAAUUCAUGUGCAGAACUGAAUGAUGGAGUUCAUGCAAUCUCUGAUCCUUUACUACCUUUUCAACCAAUUCCCUUAAACACCAUUGCUCCCACCGGUAUAGAAGAAACACCAUCUUGCUCAACAGAAGAUGAUGUUCUACCCGGCAUAGAUGGCUUAGAUAAGCAAUUUGUUGAGAAUAUUUUCAGUUGGAUGCGGAAAGAAGAAACAUAUUCUGGGCAAGUGAAGCUGAUGGAGUGGAUUUUGCAGAUGAAAAAUUCUGCAGUAUUAUGUUGGUUUUUAAGUAAAGGUGGCAUGAUGAUAAUAGCAUCAUGGUUAAGUCAAGCAGCUGAGGAAGAACAAACAAGCAUUUUGCUAGUGAUUUUAAAUGUUCUUUGUCAUUUGCCUCUUCAUAAAGCUCUUCCUGCACAUAUGUCAGCUAUACUGCAAAGUGUAAACAGAUUGCGAUUUUACAGGACAUCAGACAUAUCAAACAGGGCAAGAGUUUUGUUAUCAAAAUGGAGCAAGUUAUUGGCAAGAAGUGAAGCCUUGAAGAAACCGAAUGGCUUAAAAUCUUCUGUUGAUGCACAGCAGCAGAUGAUGCUUAAGCAGAGUUUAAGCGAUGUUAUGGGAGAUGAUUCAUGGCAGUCCAGUAUUGAUACUCCUGAAAACCUUCUUGAUAGUUCAGAAAAUGUCAGGAAAUUUGAACAAUCUGUGAAACUAUUGCCAGCGUCUUCAGAUGAUCCAAAUAAGAAGCACAUUCUUGGUUUAUCUUCAUCCCAAUUUAGAGAACGCAGAAAGGUUCAGUUGGUAGAACAACCUGGCAAUAGAGCUGCUGGAAGAAGUCCACAGACUACUAGAGCAGCACCAUUGAAUCAGGAGAGACCAAUGUCUGCUGAUGAUAUCCAGAAAGCAAAAAUGCGAGCACAAUAUUUGCAAAGCAAAUAUGUGAAAGCGAAUUCAUCUCAUGAAAACAAAGAAGCGAAGACUGAAGGGCUUAACAAACCUUCAACUUCUCAGGUCAGCAAUGUGCCUACAGCUUCUAAAGUUGUAGUUCGACCUAAUAUAGAUGAACACAAAAAACCUACAAUAACUCCCCUAAAAGUUCCCAACACACUGGAAGCUUCCUUGGAGUCAAAGCCGAUAAUAGAUUUGAAAGAGUCCGUGUGGGAGAAGUGUAAGAGAGUCCAGAUCUUGUGGAAGACACCUCCAGAAGUAAAACUCGAUCAUCAAUGGAGGGUCGGUGCUGGCGAUAAUAGUAAAGAAGCAGAAUUCCAAAGAAACAGGAACCGUCGUGAGAAGGAAACCUUUUAUCAGACAAACCAGGAGAUACCAUUGAACCCGAAGGAACCAUGGGAUCAGGAGAUGGACUAUGAUGACAGUUUGACCCUUGAAAUUCCAAUAGAGCAGAUGCCUGAACCCAAUGGGGGCAGCAAUGCAGAGGCGCUUGUUUCACCUAAGCAUGAUGUAGAUAGUGCAGUAACACAGAUUCUUGACAGUCAAAGAGCAAAUGGUUCUGUUCCGUUGGCAGCACCUGAAACCUCGCAGAGUGGUAAUGCUAGCACGGCUGAGCCAGAUCUAGAGUUGCUUGCUGUGCUACUUAAAAAUCCAGAAUUGGUAUUUGCUUUGACAUCAGGGCAAGCUGCUAACUUAUCGAGUGAGGAAACAGUGAAACUGCUUGAUAUGAUCAAAGCUGGUAACACUAGUAGUAACAAUGGAAUAAAUAGAAAAGUGGAAGAGAAGGUCGAAGUUUCUCUUCCAUCUCCAACACCUUCAACCAACCCUGGAACGAGUGGAUGGAGGCCAGAAGGAGUCAGGAAUCCAUUUUCACGGGCUACGUUGCCUAAGGGAGUGGGUGAGAGUCCCCCACCCCUGGCAAUGGCCACUGCUAAUUCAGUGCUGCCAUCACAUAUGUUAGCGCCUCACAAUCCGCCAGUAAUUUCUUCAUAUUCACUGUCUCAAGUAACUAGCACGGUGCAUGAAAAAUACUCCACCUCCAUAGGUUCAUCUCUACAUCAUCAACUCCCUUUAACUAGCUCCCCAAUUGUACAUACGCAUUUACCCCAGGUCACUGGACCCAUGUAUAAUUUACAUUCUCAAGAUUUGUCUUCACUACGGCAUGAAUCCACAACUAACACCAAAUCACAAGUAUCAAUGUCAAAUAACAUGUAUAAUGUAGAGGAAAGACGACACCAUUCUUUCCCAACCCCAUUGUUGCCAGCAGCACCAUCGUCGCGACCUAUGCUACAGCAUAUGCAUAUGCAGCAGCAGCAGCAACAUUAUCAACCACAACAACAGCAACAACAUUAUCAACCCCAACCACAUUAUGCUGAGCCUUCCCCUUCCCCUUCGCCUUCUGCGCCUAUAUACUCCAAACAAAUUGGAAAAUUAAGUAAUGUGCCUGAUUCGUGGAGGCCUAGACAGAAUUUACCAUCAAAUUACAACCCUACAGUGAACCAAAACAAUAGUAACUAUCAUCGUGGAUCAUAUGGGGAGGAAGAUGAGUUUGAGUCAUGGAGUCCAGAUAAUAGCCCAUCUAGAAAUUCCGAGUAUAGUGGGUUAGGAAGAAGUUUUCCUGAACCCAGAAUGGAUCCAGGACGCGGAUAUUGGCCUACUGAUCAGUCGAGGGUGAGGAGUUCUCCUGGAUACAGGGAUAGUAAUAGACAUGGGAACAAAAGGUGGCGUGACCAACGGAGACGAUGAUUUUCUCCUCCUGAUGAGAGUGAAUUUUGUUAAUAGUACAUGUAUUGAUCAGUAGUAAUGUGUCUACAACUUCUAAAGUUCUAGUUCAACCUAGUAUAGUAGAACACAAGAAACCUUCAAAUAACUCCCAACAGGCUGGAAGAACAGAUUUGAAAAGAGAAUACCAUGAGAGAGAAGUGCCUUUUUUGUACUUUGAUUUUGUGUCUAUAUUUUAAUAGUCUCUUGACAGAAGAAAAAUAUUUGAUGUUCCCGGAAAUAUUUUAGCUGUGGUGAAGAAGAGUAUCUUUAAUGUUUUA